AUACCGAUUUCGAUCAAGAAAGAGACGCCAUUUUGGUACAGUUUAUCUCGAUUCCCGCUUGUGAAGAUGAGAAAUUGACAAGUUUUAGGAACUAGUUGCACACUUUAAUAUUUUAUUUCUUUAGUUUAACAAUGUAUGCUAUUUAAUGCUACUUUGCAAACUGUUUUUAUGACACAUGUGUCCAUAAAGCUAAGUAACUCGUGUAAAGUGAUGAACCCUAGUUGAGUGCCCUCUUGAACUAGUAUAUAUUUUCUUCAGAAAGUAUUUAUUGAUAGGCUUUCAACAUGUUUUGGAAGUUUAAUCUUAUAACUACCUCCCAUAUUGACACGAUUCUGGAAAAAGAGGAUGUCACCUUGCAAGAGCUUAUGGACGAAGAAGACAUUCUUCAAGAAUGUAAAUCACAGAAUACGAAGUUGAUUGAAUUUAUAACAAAACCAGAAAACAUGGAGGAAAUGGUGAAGUUAAUAACAGUAGAGCCAACCGAUUCAGAUGAUGAGAAACUCAGAUACAAAUACCCAAACACUGCCUGUGAGCUGUUGACAUCUGAUGUGUCACAAAUCAACGAUGCCCUCGCUGACAAUGAAGAGUUGGUCAAAAAACUGUAUGCAUUCUUGGAAAUGGAAAAACCAUUGAACCCUUUAUUGGCCAGUUUCUUCAGUAAAGUCAUGGGGUUGCUGAUCACAAGGAAAAGUGAAAUGAUAUUUAACUUCCUAAAAUCCCAGGAAGAUUUUGUGGGAACAUUACUGGACCAUAUAGGCACUUCAGCUAUAAUGGACCUUCUUCUGAGACUGUUAACCUGUGUGGAGUGGGUGGAACUUAGGAAGGCAGUCAUUGAGUGGUUGAAUGAAAAACAGAUAGUGGAGAGACUGAUUGGGUGUAUUGUGCCUACUCAAGAUGAAGAUGUUCACUGCAAUGCAGCCCAGUCUCUCUGUGACAUUGUGAGGCUCGGACGGGAGCAACUGUCACAGCUACAGGACAGAACCGAAACAGACCCUCUACUUAACACAGUGGAACAAGAGGACAAUGUAGCUGACCUGUUGACAAAUAUGUUAGACACAGGGAAGAAUGAAUCUGUCAUAGUAAAUGGAUUGUCUGUGAUACAAACUCUAUUAGAAUUUAGAAAACAAGGCCCAGAAGGCUCUACAGACCAGAUCACCUCACUGGAUACAGAUCGCCUGGCCCAGGGGGUCACUAACGUCUUACUGGCUAUUACCCCCAGACUUAAAGAUUUCCACAGUCUUCUGGUAGAACCCCCCAAGCAACGUUUUGAGACGAUGCCAACAACCGUAGGAAAUUUGGAUCCUCCUCUGGGCAAUACACGUCUCCAAACUGUUAGGCUUAUAGCCGCAGUGGUUUUAACAAACACACAUACUGUUAAUGUAGAGUUAGCCAAUUUAGGAACAACUAAGGUUUUACUUGAUUUAUUUUUUCAUUAUACUUGGAAUAACUUUUUGCAUACCCAUGUAAGUCAGUGCGUAAACACUAUUCUGUAUAAUUCUCCGGUGGAAGUCGAAGGAAAGAAAGAGCAUCCACUUUUAGCUCAGUUAUUUUCUGACUGCAAUAUAUUACAAAGAAUUAUGGAUGUUUGGGAAGAAAAUGACCAACAGCAAAGUGAAGAUAAGGGUAAGAGAAGAGGGUACAUGGGGCAUCUAACAAAAAUGGCAAAUGAUAUCGUGGCUGUGAUGGAAAAGGGAGAAAACUCUGAUUUGGUCAAAGACUGCAUUGCAGAAUUACCAGAGGAGGUCAGGGAGAGAUGGGACAAUUUCCAGGCUGGUUCAUUAUUAGAUGUCAACAAGAGGAACACCGUAGAAUCUAUGCGUGGUCGACCUUUGACUUCUAGUAGUGACGACGAAGAGAGUGAUUUCCGAGACAUUCCAUUCCCUCAGGAUGCGGCCAUGCAACAGGCCUUCUCUGAUUACCAGCUGCAACAGAUGACGUCCAACUUCAUCGACCAAUUUGGUUUCAAUGAAGAAGAGUUCCAGGAGCAAGAAGAAAAGGCUGAUUCACCCUUUGGGGAUCGUAUCUCCAGCAUAGAUUUCACAGUGCAAGCAGGAGAUGACAAUAGUACAGCAGCCUCUAUGUUUGAGCAGGCCUGCAAUGAGAGAAUUCAGCAGUUUGAUGAUAACGACAGUGAUGAGGACAUAUGGGAAGAAAAGGAAAUCACAUUCUCACCUAAUGCUCAGCAACCCAACCGAGCCACUCGGUUACCGGAGACCCGGGAUGAUAGUGAUAGUACAGACAGUGAGGAGGAACUGGACUCCCCUCGAAAAAUUGUCUCGCAGCCAAACGAAAAAAUGGAUGUAGAUAAUAGUGAAAAUUGGGCCAAUUUUGAUGACGUAGCAACAGAGUCUGUUCCUGUUGCUAUGGAUACUUCUUCCUGGAGUCAGACAUCUACCUCCGCUGAAGCUUCAUCAUCGAGCGAAAAAUCGGAGAAGUGGGCCGACUUCAGCAACAAGUUUCCCAGGGAGGAGACCAGCCGAGAUAACUGGGCAGAUUUUAGCAAUAUUAGAGAUUUGUCAGCUACUGAUCCAGGACCCAGAAGUAGUUCCCCUGUAGCUAUGGAUACUAAUGAAGUCAACUCUAGGCCUGCUGCUUACUGUAAGUAUCAUGCUAGAAUCCAGAAUAAAAUUAAUGAUAAGCGUGUAAACAUCGUAGGUGAUGUCCUCAAAUUCUCAGCAGACCUGGCAGUGGAGUUGAACAGUGAGGAGCUGAGGACAGAGGACCUGACCGAGGAGAAGGACAGCAUGGUCCAGGAGGAGGAGGUGUCCUCAACAUCAGACGACGCCACCUCACCCCCACAGACUCCUAGGUUAUCUAACUCCUCACCCAAACAACAGGCUAGUUCAGAGGAGCCUGAAGAACCUUCAUCUUCCACCCCCACAAUUCCUGCCACCCCUCCUCCAGUUGUUGCCUCGCCCUCCCCUCAGCACACUCCUCCAGUGAGGCCCUCAGGAUCAGAAGACGAGGGGAGUUCAGUGGACGCCGCCCCCUCCUCCUCUGUGGACAGGGCACCUGCUGCGGCGCCCGAGGUCUCCUGUUCCUCCUCAGACAGCUCUGUGGACGGACAGCAAGACAGGAUUGAAGACUCCCUCAGUGAUAACUUUGAUUUCCUGACAAAUGCUGGACUGAUGAAAUCACCAGUUAAUCUUCAGGGAUCUGGGGACAAAGCCGUGGAGGCUAAUGGCCCCCUCCCUGAGUCCUCCAACAUCAAAGAGAAUCCAUCCUCCGAAACAUUAGCUCAAGCCAAAGACUCACCAGAAAAAAGUGACACUGUUUUAAGUUCAACAUCACCAACACUACAGAAUGGGCCCGUUUGAUCUGUAGGUGUCUGUUAGAGUUGGUUUUAUAUAAUAUAAUAUAAUGUAUAUGGUGUGAUCAAGUCUGUCUGGCAGCGUACAGCCUUAUACAACACGGCCUGUGAUUGGAUGUGAAUGAUAUCUUACAUGCCCUCUGAUUGGAUGUGAAUGCUUGUGGCAGAAAACUUUUAUAGAGCAUGUGGGGAAAACAAGUGAAGCAUUUUACAAUUCAUUCUAUGGGACACAAACAGUAUUUUUGCUGAUGAGAAGUUAUUCUUUGUCAACUUUAUUUUAUCAAGAGAAUUUUGAGGCCAACUAUUUUUUUUGUUUAAGAUGUAUAGAUGUAAUAAGAGAAAUCAAAUGAAUUAUUUUACAGUGUUGCAGCAGACAAUACUGGUUGUAAAUAAAAGUUUUUGUAAAGAUAUAUUCCCUGUGUAGAUAGUCUCAGCCAAAAGUCUGCCGUGGACUUCUAUAAUAUUCUGUGAUGUAUCAAGCUACUGGUCCCGUACUUUGUCUUCUGUGAUACCUAUGCCUGGUCUCUGAUUGUGGGGUCCAGUUAGUAACUGCACUCCUCCUACCCACGUGCAUCUUCUUGAUGAAACUUACUUUAUGUGAAGAAUUUUUGGAAGGUUUAAAAGUACAAUUUAAUUUUACCAUAUUACAUUUUAUUUAUUAAUGUACGGGUACUGAAACAGAUGAAAGGGUGGCCUAAUCAUUGUUCUCAGUUCAAUUAUUUAUGAAAAAGUGUGGUUUUGUGCAAGGGGGAGGGGUUUAGGGGGAUGCAGCCCUGCUUUCACUAACUGGACCCCGCUCCGCCACUACCACUCAACAUUGCUAUAUUCUACAGGUUGGUGCUUGAUAUAUUCACAGUAAUUUUCUGCAUAUCAAAUUGAAAGACAUGCUACAUUUUCUGGCUUGAAUCGUAUCAUAAAUGCUUCAUUAUUGUACAUUUAGUUUGACUAUUUGAAAUAAUUUCAUUCAAGUAUUGUAUUAAGGUUUUGCAUUCAUAGUUUUUCACCCUGUAAUGCUUACUUGCAGUACCUGUACUUCACUUAUAGGUUAUUUAAAGGUAUACAAAGAAAUAAUAAAUGAAGAGACAAUUUUCUUGGCAUGUUAUUGAUUAUUGACAUCAUUUCAAAAAGCAAUUGUAUGAUACAUGGAGGUUCUUCAGAGAGAUAAAAAUGUAUUAACCUGUGUGUUCAAGAGAGAAGUAGAGAAUUAGACAUGUUCAUGCUUUAUUACAUGGUAUAAGAGAUUAAACUUGCUAAAUGGUUGCAAUUCAGAGACAUAAUUUAAACUGUGCCACAUGCAUUUCCAAUGCUAGGACAUUGAUCCACAUUUGUUAUCCCGGAAUUUCAAACUACAUGUAUGGACCAAAUAGAAUGUGCCAUAGCUAUGGUCUUUUGUUUUUUGUAGUGCAUUGAAAUUUUGUGUUCAAGAGGCUCUGCACUUGAUUUUGUUGAAAAAGAUUUGUAAAGUAAUGAAAGGAAAGGAAGAAUCUGAAUUUUAAGUUUGAAGAAUUUUUAUUUGCAUCCAUGUCAUUUUUCAGAAAUUGAUAUUUUUAUCCUCCUGCACUUGUUAUUCACAUGAAUUGCACACACUAUGGUGUUUGUAAAAUGCUAGAUGAAUUGUCAACUAUGAAAGGAUACCUCAAUUGAACAAGAUGUUCUUGCAUUCACACUAGAAUGUUACUCUGUUAAAUGGUUGAGUUGGUAUCCUUUGUAAUAGUACUGUACAUAACAAUCAAAUUUCUUUUUAGUGUAUAUAGAUAUUUUUGUAUGUCAUGCUGAGUGUUAGUGGCCUCAGAGGGGGGUUUAUUUAUUUGACUUUUAAUGGUUCACGCCCAGCUCUGGGGGUCAGUCAGCUACUGUUUUAAUAUUACAGGUAGGAUAUAUCAUAUGCAACUCUAGGCAGUAGUGUUUUUUAUACCAGGGGAAAACAGUUUUAUGUCAUUGUCAAAUCAAAUAUUUUGUGCAGAUCAUAGAUUUCCAAUGCAGUAACAUGUACAUAAAACAAAAAUAUAUUAAAACAAACAAAAUCUUUAA